CGUUAGGAAUGAAUAACGCUUACAUUUAAUGUUGUACAAACAUCGUGCCUAAACAUCCCUACUCUGUCCCCUGUGUUCUGUUUCGUUGUCGUUACUUCCAAAUUGGCUCCAGGUUACUUCAGGGACACCUGCGAAGACUGACAGACUGACUCGACCUACUGAACGGGGAUAGAAAUGGCAGCAAACGGAGCAAACUGUGAACAGCCACGGAGGCGUGCAGCCGCUAAAGACAAACAGAAUGGAAGGUCAAUAGACAAGUCACAGAAGGAGAACAAACAGAAAGAUAAAGAGGAGCGCAUGUCACUGGUUCUUUGGAGACGGCCGGUCACCACUUUGCAUUACUUCCUCUUGGAGACCCUCAUCAAACUUAAGGAAUGGACGUUAAACCUUUGGCAGAGAGGCUUCGUGUUUCUAUUUCUGGUGUUGUGUUUUGUUUUGUCCAUCAUGUAUUCCACCGAGGGAGCGCACCAACAAUACGUUAAGUACCUGGAGAAAAGGUUCCUAUGGUGUGCCUACUGGGUAGGUCUCGGAAUCCUGUCUUCAGUCGGCCUUGGGACUGGACUUCACACAUUUCUGCUUUAUCUAGGUCCUCACAUAGCAUCGGUUACUCUGGCUGCCUACGAGUGUGGAUCCACAGACUUCCCAGAGCCCCCUUACCCGGACCAGAUAGUUUGUCCCCAGAGUGGAGCGCUGGAGACCGGCAUCUCACUCUUCUCCAUCAUGUCAAAGGUCCGGCUGGAGGCCUGCAUGUGGGGCGCAGGGACGGCCAUCGGAGAGCUGCCUCCGUACUUCAUGGCCAGAGCCGCUCGUCUGUCCGGAGCCGAUCCAGACGACGAAGACUACGAGGAGUUUGAGGAGAUGCUGGAGAAGGCUGAGGGCGCCCAGGAUUUUGCCUCCAGAGCAAAACUGGGCGUCCAGCAUUUGGUCCAGAAAGUAGGGUUCUUUGGGAUCCUGACUUGUGCUUCCAUCCCUAAUCCUCUUUUCGACCUGGCUGGAAUAACCUGCGGUCAUUUCAUGGUUCCCUUCUGGACCUUCUUUGGUGCCACCCUGAUUGGAAAGGCCAUCAUCAAGAUGCACAUACAGAAACUCUUUGUCAUCAUUACCUUCAGCAAACACAUAGUGGAGCAGAUGGUGUCACUGAUUGGGUCUGUGCCCAGAGUAGGACCAGCUCUCCAGAAACCCUUCAGUCAGUACCUGGAGGCCCAGAGGAACAAGAUGCACAGUCCUGGAGGAGCUGCUCCGGCGGACGACAACUGGCUGUCUUGGGUGUUUGAGAAGUUGGUCCUGGUCAUGGUCUGCUACUUCGUCAUCUCCAUCGUCAACUCCAUGGCUCAGAGCUACGGCAAGAGGCUGCAGCAGCAGAGGCGCAAGGAGCUCAAGACAAAGUGAGGAGGAGGAGGAGGAGGAACAAAGAACUGCCGUCAUCCAAGGGACUGAUGACGACGACGACGACGACGAUGAUGAUGAUGAUGAUGAUGAAGAGAGGCUCUUCCACUCGGCCUCAGCCACUUACAACCAAACUACAAACCUCACCUUCAUUCAUUCUUAAAGAGGCUAAAAGUUUAAAGGAAAAGAACAAAAAAAAAACAGGACAGGAACCUUACUUUUUGGAUAUGUGUGUGUGUGUGUUUGGGGGGGUGUGUGUGUGUGCGCUACUUCAUGUUUGGUACUUCCUAUGUCUCAUCUCUGUGUGUGUGUGUGUCAGUCAGUCAGUCCUGUUAACCCUGUCAUUAACCUCAGACGUGAAGCAGCCGUUUGGUGGACGCCGCGGUGGUUCAGCGGUGACCGUCAGACUCUAUGCCUUAUGCAAGACUGGAAGCUCCGACUUCUCUUGGAAAAAACAGUCGUCGACUUAAAACUUGAUUAUUUAAUUCUGUGACAUGUACAUGCUGCUGCGUCAUGACCUGUCUGUACUGACGUUUUUCUUUUUUUUUUUUUUUUUUUUUUUUUUUUUUUUUUGUGUAGAUUUAACGUCUUAGACCAACCAUGUUGUUUCUAAAAUAGAAAAAAAAAAGAAAAGCAAUAUCAACACAGAUGGGCUGUGGUUGUCGGUGUAAAUAUCUUCCAACCUUGACGUGUUUCUAUUCAGGGUGUGAGUGUGAACAUAAAGUCGACUCGAUGAUGAUGAUGAUGAUGUCACAGGUGAUGAUGUCACUGGUGGCGGCUCAGUAGUGUCAUCGCUGUUCUGUACAGUUAGGAUCAGCUCAUGUAUAAACCAUUUACACCAUGA